AUGUGUAUUUCGGAUCUAAGAAAAAAGCUACAAGAACGAACACAUGGGACCCAGCGGGACUCCGAAAAAAUCCGUACACCACCAUACGACGUUCCCGACAAAAUGCCACCAUCGACGUCGCUGUUUCCCGUUUGUUGCUGUGCAAAAAACGUGAAGAGACCGAAAAACGAGCCGCCGAAGACAGAUCUGGCGAUUGCUGUUAAAACAAAACAACAACUGGUGAUCCCAAAGGUGGCAUUAAACGGGAAAAUCAUCAGUUCAGUGAAGCGAAAAUCGGGAACAGCUUUGGAUCACGUAGUAAUCGAUAUGAACGAGGAAUUUGUGACAGCCAGGACGUCACGAGAUCAACUCAGUAGUCACUACCUCUCUAUGAAUGAGCUCAUGCGAGUUGUACGAAUUGAAGAAGGACUGAACGUGACACCACGUGAUCUACAUCAUUUACGUCAACAACCGUCAACAUCGAAACCUAUCAGUGUGGACUACUAUAACAUCAAUACAACACCGGCUCUACGACAGAAACCACUUGCGCUUGAACUUGUGCCUUCAAAUUUGAUGCCUUCAAAUCAAAAUGAUGUUGCCAAGAUGAUGAAAAAUGUACAACUAACCUCCAUAAAACAAGCCAAUGAUGCAUGGAAAUGUUCCCAGUCCUCUUUGCUUCGACUGCAUCACAUGUUUUCUGGAACUUCUCAUAACGGUAACAACAAAAAGAAACGAGUAAUGAAUGUGCGACAAUUGGCUUGCAAAGAACGAGCAACGAGAGCUGUUUUCAAUGCGGAUGGAGACAUUACUGCAAGGAUGACGAACGCUUCUAGUCCACGAACAGGGGGACGUUCCGCAUGUUCUGUGGCGACAAUUUCUGGAAAUCAAAAUCUCACUCUACCACAACCACCUCCACCACAAACCUAUGCAAGCUAUAUGAGUUAUGUACCACAAAUGUUGUUAGCCAUGAUCACUAUUUCGUUUGCAUGGCUGGCAAAUCUGAUCACAUACGUGUACAGAUAG